AUGGACAAAUCAUUCGAAAAAGAAUUGAAUAUUUUUAAAGAGAGAUAUAUCUCACCCAAAAAUAAAACUCUACAAUCUCAGCAGAACCCUGAAUUUACUAUUUAUAGCCCUGUUCUCCGAUAUGAAACUACUCCAAGCCCGCUUCUAGAUAUGAAACUAUCAAAUCUUGAAGAUAAAAAAGCGAACUCAAAGGCAGUGGCAAACUGUAUAAGAGCGAUUACAGAUAAACUAGCUUAUCUUGAAAAAGAAAACCAAGCUUUGAGAAGACAAAUGAUUGGAGGAAACCAGCAAGUGCAACAAGAUAAGGAAAACCUCAGCAGAAGAAUGGAAGAGGAUCAACAAGCCUUAGAAAAUGCGAAGAGAAAGAUAAUUGAUUAUGAAAAUGAAAUUAAAGGCUAUAGGAAUAAAUUAUUAGUGCUUGAAGAUCAAAAUAGGCAGCUAGCCUCAGAAAAUGAUCGAAUUUUGCAAGAAUCAAAUGUAUUGAAGAAAGAUUUAGAAUAUGAAACUUCAAAAACCCAGAAAUUAGAAAAUACGUUUAGCAAAAUUAAAAGUGAAGUUAAAGAAAAUGAAGAAUGGAGCAGCAAUAUUGAGUCUGAAAACAGUCAGCUGAAAAAAGAACUUGAAGAGUCAAAAGCAUUGAAUUCACAGCUUCAAAAAGAAAUUUCUUUAUUCCAAGGAUCAGAUAAGCAAAAGAAAACAUUUUUUGAAAGUCAGAAAGUAAAAGAGCUGGAAUAUAAGAAUAAAUUCUUACAAGAUUUAGCUGAUACCCAACAAAAAGAAAUUGAGCAACUAAGGAAAGAAAUAGAAAUUUUGAGAUCUACUGUAACCCAAUUAGAAAACACAAAAGAUUUACUAAUGGAACAAAAUUCUCAAAAUGAGCAAUACUUAAAAGAUAUAACAGAAAUACAUGAGCAUCGAAAAGAGAAGAAAAAGCCUGGAGAGUCCCAUAAUCAUUUGAAAAAAUCAGCUCACUCUCACAGCCAUCACUCAAAAAAACAAGCAAAUACCAGAAGUCUAGAAAAGGAAAUUGAGGAAAUCGAUAGGAGAUACCAGAGCUUAAUGAAUUCUCCAAAAUUUUCGAAAGGAGAUCUCAAUCAGCUGUCUUUUUCAAAAGAUAAAGCUGCACUAAAUUCUUAUAAGCCAUUUAACUAA